CUCGCGCUGAGUCUUCAAAAAGAUACAAGAAGCAACGUAUUUUAUUUACCUCUGAUGCAGAUGAGAAUCAAGAAGUUGACAUUUGUGACAAGCUACCAUCAUCAAUCCACAUCGGAUCGAGCCGAAGACCCUUCAACAGCCUUGUCCGUCCAUCUUCAGACCACCCAAGGUCAGGUACCUACAGUACUGGUCACAACCUCAACUUCACCAAAACGAAAGUGAAAAGCCCCAGCACCAUGCCGUUUAAAAGCACCUUUAACCAGCUUAAGGGCCAGCUGAAGGACCUUCAGCAGGAAGGCCAGAGGAGAAUUUCCGAAUACCAAAACAAACAGCAGCACCAAGCACCACCACCUCCCCAGCAAUAUCAGCAACCCGACUACCCCGGCGUAAGUCAGCAUCAAUAUCAAAACCAACAACAAUCAAUAUCGCCACCACCGAUCCCCCACGGCACACACCCCGGCCAACAAGCUCCUCCUCAAUCGUUCCCGUCCAAGAUCUACUGGCAACCCUCCUUCGACCCGUCCACGCCGCUCAGCACCAACUGGGAGCACAAGCAAGGCAACAACGGCGGCUGGGGCAACAACGAAAUCGAGACCUACACGUCCUCCGCCUCCAACUCGUUCCACACACCGAACAGCCUCCUCGUGCUCCGGGCCACAAGCCAACCCAACCACCACGACCCGGCCCAGAAAUUCACGUCGGCCCGCCUCGUGUCACACCAGCGCCUGUCUCGCGCCCACGGCAGCCUGGUCGCCACCCUCACCUUGCCCUGCGCGCCGGGCAUCUGGCCCGCGUUCUGGCUCCUGCCGUUCGAACCCUUUACGUGGCCGACGGACGGCGAGGUCGACAUCGCCGAGACCUGGAACGGCGACGGCGUCAACCACACCUGCCUUCACUGGGGCACCUACACGCCCCAGGACACCGACAAGCACCGGGUCGUCGGCACGCCCGUACAGGGGAUGCAGUCGGGCCGGCCCGUGCGCUUCGAGUUCGCCUGGCAGCAGGACGAGGCCUCGAAACAGGGCCGCAUGGUGUGGUGGAUCGACGGGCGGGCCGUCAUGAAGGCCCCCAUCCCGGCCGGCACGAGGCCCAUGAGGGACUACGUCGUGCUGCUCAACAUCGCCAUGGGCGGGAACGUGUGCCAAGGGCAGAUCCCGCGCGAGGGGACCUACGACAUGGUCGUGCACGAGAUGAAGAUGUCCGACGAACCAGAGGGUGGCUGGCAGCGGUUCGAGGCCGAUUGGGCUUGGGUCAGAGAGGGCGAAAGAAUAUGAUUUGACCUGACCAUUCAGCAUCAAGCCGAUAUCAAUGAGUCGAGAUGUGAAAACAAGAUACAGCAGACUUUCUGAACGUGCUCGAACCAUUUCACUGAAUAUCGUAGCCGUGGAGUAUAGAUAUUGCAUAAGAAGAACGUACAAUGCUGUGAGUAGGAAGAUUUCGAGUUGAGUAGAUAGCGUUUUACACAGCCAUACGUGCAGACUGCAAGCAUUGUAAGAUGUAUUAUAUAUUAUCGUAGUAGUUUUGCCUGG